AUGGCGACUGAAAAGUCUCAGCCUUCGUACGAAAUCACAGGUAAUGAGUCGAAUGGAAGUCAAUCCCAUGCCCAGGACGUUGAAGUCGGGGAAAGAAGACUCAGUCAUGUCGAUGUCGCCAGGAUCACCAAGGUCUCGUCUGUUAUUACCGUUCUAGUUGCGGGACUUGCCUUGUUCUCUGAUGGAUACAAUGCACAAAUCAUCGGGUACAUGGAGCCCUUGUUCACAGACCUAUACAAAGACGGCAUGUCCAGCAUCAUCAAAACCCGAUUGUCCAAUGCAUACCUCAUUGGGGAGAUCUUUGGCAUGCUCUUCUUUGGCUUUCUUAUUGACAAGAUAGGCCGUCGUACCGGCAUCGUCUUUGCAACCUUUUUCCUUAUCCUGGGUAUCGUCUUGGCCACGGCUGCUCACGGCACCACUCAACUCGGCAUGUUCUGGAUGAUGAUCAUUGCUCGUGGUGUCGCCGGCUUCGGUGCCGGAGGCGAGUACCCUACCUGCGGAACUGGCAGUGCCGAAGCCUCAGAUGAAAGUGAAUAUGUCCGUCGCAGACGAGGUUUCCUGGUCGCCGUGGCCACGGACUUCGCCAUUGACUUCGGAUUCGUGGUAGCUGGGGUGGUGGCGCUGAUUGUCAUCGAAUGCUACAACGAGAAGAUCUCCAGUGGAAUCUGGCGUAUCUGCUUCGGGUUGGGCUUUGUCCUCCCCCUGACGCUAUUCUUCUUCCGAAUUCGCAUGGUCGAGUCAAGUCAAUAUCGCAAACAUGCUAUCAAGCGAAACAUACCGUAUUGGUUGAUCAUCAAGCGAUAUUGGAAGCCCAUGGUUGGAACAUCUCUAGCAUGGUUCAUGUAUGACUUUGUCACCUACCCCUUUGGAAUCUUCAGCUCUACCAUCAUCGGUCAACUCAACCCUAACAACACCCUUAUCCAGAACAUUGGAUACGGAUUUAUCCUGGGUGGAGCUUUGAAUCCUAUCCAAUCUGUUUUUCCCUUGUUUGUCGUCCUCUAUGGGAUUUUCAAUAGUCUUGGAGAGAUGGGACCUGGAGUUUGCACUUUCCUGACCGCCGCAGAAAGCUUUCCCACUCCGUUGCGCGGACACUUCAUGGGGUUCGCUGCUGCGGUCGGCAAGGCUGGUGCUGCGAUUGGAACUCAAGUUUUUACGCCUAUCCAGGACUCCUUCGACGACACGCAAAAGGGCACUCAAGCAGUCUUUCUGAUUGGAGCCGGCUUUGCCGCUGCGGGUGGCAUCAUCUCGUGGAUCUUCAUCCCUGAUCGAGAUCGAGAGCUUGAGAGCGAGGACGCUAAGUUCAGAGAAUAUCUUGCAGCUCACGGGUAUGAGGGAGACUUUGGCGAAAGUUUGGUUGGGGAGGUGAGAACAACGGCUUUCAAACCCUAUUAUACGAAGACAUCUUGA